UUUAAUUUAUCGCAAUAUAAACAAGAGAAGAAAAAAAACACCGCAUAGGAAAAUUAUAAUAAAUUAAAGAAAAAAUUAUACAUGCAAUUAACGUAUACACAAAAUGGAAACUAUUAGUCCUUAUGUUGAGGAUUUUCGAGAAAUCAAAAUCUGUCGUCUUUGCGGCAGUAAUAGUAACGAAAAUGUUGAUAUUUUUACCAGUAAGCCCAUCUCCUCGAGAAGUGAUGAUUUAUUAACGAAAAUUUUAACAGUCUAUCCAUUAGUGUUGUAUAAAAAUGAUCCAUUGCCCCAGCAUAUUUGUCCAAAAUGCAUUGGCAACGUCAGCACAACAUACCAAGACAUACAACAAGUGUUGAGGCAACAAAAUAAAUGGAUGAACUUAACAAAAGCUGUACAACCAGAACAUAAGUAUUUUCGUAUACUUGAUAUGGUAGAGAAUUCCUCUAAAACCACAAAAGAAUCCAUUAAAACAUCAUAUAAUAUUGACAUAAAUAACUUACCACUAACCAAAAUAAUAAUAAGUCCAUCGAAAGAAAUACCAAUUCCAAACGCAAUCAAUACAAGCAAUAAAAUAAACAUUAACGAAAAUGUUGUUAAAAAUAUACAAACUAAAUUGGAAUCGAAUGGUUUUACUAUAAAACGUAUAAAAGUUCCAACCACAACAACCGAAGUUAAACAAGACUUAAACACAACCGGAGUAUCAAUAGAUUUAACCGAAAACUCUGUAGAAACAGGUGCCAACAUUGUAACUUGUAAUUAUUGUAAACAGAAAUUUUCCAAUAUGAAAAUAUUAGCACAACAUCAAUUGAUACAUUUAAAAGUGAGUGUGAAUAAAGUUUUCCAAAAACAUUUGUUACCCAAGCAAUCAAGGCGUGGACGUCUAAUUACCAUCAACGAUAACAAAUGUAUACGUUGUCUUAAUUGUUGGCGUAUAUUUAAGGAUAACAAGGAUAUAUUGCAGCACUGGUCUGGAGGUGAAUGUGAAUUCUAUUGCUUGGUAUGCGGCAAAGAGUUUCCCCAUUCGCCGAAAAUGUUGAGAGAACAUGUAACCACAGUUCAUGAUAUAAGUUAUCGCAGUGUUGCACGUGGUUAUAUGGCUUGUCAAACGGCACCCAUUAAGCCUAUGGAAUUUCCAGUACCAACAUUUAAAUAUGCCAACAUGUAUCCAAUGACCACAAAACUAAAAAGUAGAACUUAUAAAAAGCCUCCACCAAAAUCAUGCACAAAAAAUGAUGACGGUACCAUUACUUGCAAAAUUUGCUACAAAGUAUUCGAUAAUUUUCGAUCCAGUAAUUCGCAUAUGCGCAAACAUAAACCACCCAUUCGUUAUGGCGAACCCAUUAUUACACAAGCUAUACCUAUGGAUAAUUAUAACACACGAGAUGAAUACAUGACUCAGCCUUCUACUAGUCAUUUUCGUUAUGUCAACUCUAAUCCAUCUUCUUCAGCAACUACAAAUGUCUUACAUAUGAAAUUUCCAAGGCCAGCUUAUCGUGUCAUUAUGAAAAAUGGUCCUCUACGUGGCAUCAAAACGAAGAUUGUACAAAAACGUCAUGAUUUUCUAACAAAUUAUCCACACAAUGACCCCCCAUCAACUCAGAGAUCUAUGACCUCAACAUCUGAUCCAAGUGAAGAUGAGAAUAUGAUUGUUCCCGAAGUAUUAAUGCCCGCCUUUAAGUCCGAACAUAUUACAGAUAAUUACAACCAUAAUAAGAAUCUUGAUGGUUUACAAUAUAAUGAUUAUACAAAUUCACGUUUGGGGCCAACCAUAAAAUCAGAACCUCUGGAUAAUUCGGAAUAUGCAGAGACACAAGAACCUCGCCAGUGUUUUAUAUGUAAUGAAAAUUUUUCCAACACUCGAGAAUAUGAAUUACAUGCAAUGUUUGUUCAUAAUAUAAAUUAAUUUUAAUUUAAGCUAUACAUAUCCAUUUGAGUUUGCGUGUUAAUCAUUUAAAAUGAUUAUUUAAAACAAAAAUCAUGUUAAUACAUACAUCUUAUUAUGUAAUUUAAAUUUUGUUUUUAUGCAAUUUCAUAAAUGUAUAAAACAAGAAGCUUGAGAUUUUCCUAUAUGUACAUGCAAUAGUAUUUAUAAUUGCAUUUAGUAUUAUUCAUUUUUUUACUGGCAUACAUAUUUACAUAAAAUUCAUCAUGGAAUACAUUUUAAUUAGAUUUUAAAUAUUAGUAAUAUUUUUUGUAAUUAAUAAUUGAAUAUUAAGUAUUUACUUUUUAC